CUCCAACCUAACCCACUUUCGUAACACUAUCACCCCACCCUAACCCCUUCCCAUCUCCCCCCUCUAUCGAACCUCCCCGCCCCUCAGCCCCAGUUCAACCCCCAAGUUCCUAACCCCUUCGUAAACCCCUUCUCACACCAGACUCCUCCCGCACAGAGCCUGGCUAAGCGGAGAGAGAGAGAACACUGGAGUUCAACAAUGGACGAUUCCACCGAUGAACUCGAUCCGCUCUUCGAUUAUCGCCGCGUCCAGCCUUUCAAUGUCGUCUGCCUUGACGACGAUAGCCCCGAUUCAUCGCCAGUAGCUGGUAAGAAGAGGCCGAAAGUCGGCAGUUCCGCUAAUGAAAAGAAGCCGGAAGAUAAAGAUGUAAUUCAAUUAGUAGACUGUGAGGAUAAAGAGGAUGAAGAAUGGCUGCGGCCACCGCCAAUGACUUCAUCUAAUGCCAAAGCGCCUUGUGAGAAUUCGACCAUAAAGGAAAUAAGGUUGAAAAAGAAGGAGCUGGCAUCCAUAGCUGAAUCUGCAAAGGAAGUGAUACGAGAUGUUGAGGAAUCUGUAAAAAAAGAUCUUAGCAAUAGCACUUCAUUGCAUUCAAGUGAAGAGACUGUAGCAGACCAGAAGAAAAAACCAUCCAGUGAAAGAGCUAAAAUAGUUAUUUGUAUUCAAGAUAAGGAUGGAUCCAAACCAUAUCGUGUUUUCAAGGAUGAUCCGUUUGAGAGAGUUUUCCAAAUAUAUGCUGAGAAAGCAAGGAUUAGUUUGCAAAACUUAAUCUUCCGUUUUGAUGGGGACAAAAUUAGUCACACAGUGACUCCUAAUAGCCUCGGGAUGGAAGACAAUGACAUUGUUGAAGUGUAUGUAAAACCCAGCUGAUUCAGGUAGCAGUUUCCCUUCGGUGCUAAAAGUGAUUAAAUGAAACUUGCCGCACACAUUGAAGAUUUUUCACAAUUUGUAUAGUGAGUGCUACUUUUGGAAUUAUAUGACACAAUUCUUGGAGAAACCUUCAUUGUGGGAACUAAGGUCACUUGGCUUGCUGAGAUUGCUUAUCAUGUCCUUCACUUUUUGUCCCCCUCCCCUUUUUUUUGGUGAGAUAUGAAUGCUUCCU